UACCGUCGGCUACUGGUCACACACACACACACACGCACAGGAACAAACUUAUUGCCACUUAGCGCCCGACAAACUUAUCUCACCUGUGCGGAUGGGCUGAAAGUGAAAACUAAGACAGGAGACUUCUUUUCAGAGAAGAGGGGGACAAGAAAAGUUACUCUUUCACUUGCUCUUCACACCGACAGGUUGACUGUCUUUGAUCUCCAGAAUCUGCAGCUUCAGUAUACAGCAAAUAACAACUAAAAAUUGUCAAAGUAGACACCGAUUCUUUCAUCUCUGGUUCAACUUAAAUUUGUGAAGAAGAGUAACAAAUUUCGUCGUGAUUUCGUCGGAACUUUGCAAAUGUCUGUUGCUUGUAUUUUACAAAUUAUCGGAUUGUUCAAUGUUUGGAACUCUUAUACCAGUUAAUCUUAUAUCCAAAAGAUGAUUUGCUGAGAUUUGUUCAACUUUGAUUGAAACUUCGAGGAAACAGACAUUUUUUCGUUGACUGCUGACUAAAAUCGUCGUGAUAAUCUCAUCGUUUUUUUAAAGAAAGCAGGGUCAACAAUUGUGAUUAAAAACGUUUGUUUUUAUAAGUUGUGCGACUUUUCUGUGAAAUAUCAGGAUGCCUCGCCCAGCUCGAAGUACAUACAGUGAUGCCAAGCCGCCAUAUUCCUACAUCUCCCUAACGGCUAUGGCUAUCCAGAGCUCGCAGGAGAAGAUGCUACCCUUGAGUGAUAUCUAUAAAUUUAUCAUGGACCGUUUUCCUUAUUAUCGUAAGAACACCCAACGCUGGCAGAAUUCUUUGCGGCACAAUCUGUCUUUUAACGACUGUUUCUUGAAGAUCCCACGUCGCCCCGACCGACCAGGAAAAGGCAGCUACUGGGCUCUGCAUCCGCUCAGUGCCGACAUGUUCGAGAACGGUAGUUUUCUUCGACGUCGAAAGAGAUUCAAGUCUCCAAGGAUCGCCACCAUUGACCACAACAUGCAAAUCAAACAGAUCGAUUCGGCGAAGAUUUUCCAGGAGCAGGCGAAGGUCGGUCUGCCUCCGUACCCCCCUCCACCUAUCAUUCAAGCUUCGCCCCCGAUGAUGAUGCAGAAGAUGCCUCUUUCCUACUACACGUCAAUGUCCAACUCGCCAAUAACGCCGACGUCGACUGUUACGAACUCGAGCAAGCAGUCUUUCACUAUCGAGAAUAUCAUCUCGCCAGACUUUAAGCCAUCCACAACCAAAUCACCGGCGACGCCGCCUACACCGCCGAGAAGCUCGCCCGUCGCGAGCAUCGAUGUUGUGAAAUCUCGGCCGAGCCUCUGUAACGGAGCGUGGUGCGACGAUCUCCCCGUGACUCGUUCGACGGAUAUGUGCUGUGGACAGUCCCGGGACCACCCCGUGUGCCGAAUGUAUAGCCAGGAUGCGAACUCUUCUACCGAGACCGAUUUUGGGCCAUUCCCCCGCCAUGCCAGUCCCGAUUCGACCAGCUUUCCACGGUUUUGGGCUGCCGAGUCAGUGUGCUCCAGCCCUAUUCCCCGGGGUACCUGCCGGGUGCAUCUUGCCCCUCAUUAGGAGAAACAUUUCGGAACACAUCAUAAAAGCGUAACACUCAUUAUCAAUUGGACUGUACCAAAGAAGACAAAUAGAAACACUGAUUACGGAGGAAAAAGACUCUUAACACGGACAGGUAAAUUCAAAGUGUUCAAAAAUGUAUAGCAUAUUGUAGGAAAAUAAUAUUACAUUCAGUUUAUACAUAAUUAUGACAUCUUGCACAGAAAGACUUUUUUUGUAAAUUGAGUGAUAGAUGAUUACUCUGCAUGAGAAAUUCAUAUUGUUUAAAACGAUGUGUGAAUUCUGAUUCAAAUUGCCAACACACUUAUACUUUGUAUAUGUCUUUCUAAUUCCGUGGACGAGAUUGUACUGUAGCAAUCACGAAAAUACGUCCAAAUAAUCCGACACGUGAAGCUUUUUCCUGAAUGUAUCUCUCGUAAUCUUGUCAUGAUAAUUAGUAUAAGAAUUCGAAUGAUGAUAUGAGAAGAACAUUCUAAUUAUUGAUUAGUGUCACUUUUUUUUUUGUAUAACUUUCUCAUUAUCUCACACACCAGUUAAUCUAGAUCUUGUCUGCCAUUAUUUGUGUUUGUAUAAAUUUUAAUGACAUAACGAAACAAAGUAAUUAUAGUUAUUUAUGUCAUGGUAUGAAAUGCUUUAAUAUGUAUCAUGGAAUGUCUGUUUUAAAUGUUGCGUUUAAAUAAAACCCUUAGGGUUUUCCACAUAUUAUGUGAUUGUUAUCAAAAUUGCCAGAUAAUCUGUACAAAAUAAGGAUAUAAUUACAUGUCUUGUGAAAAGAAUAUAAUUAAUAAAUACGUACGCAGUACAAUCGAGGUUCAUUUACAACAAGUAUGAAUAUGUAAUAUUUUUGUUUUGUAUUAAGGCACACUCUUACAUGAUAAAAAGUCUGCUCAUCGUUGCUCACGAACAAUACAUAAUCAGGAAUGUAAGAACUAACUGAACAUAUCCAACAGAUAUCACAGCCAAGAUCGUAUCUGAAUUAGCCGAACAAUAUUUGUACAACAUAGAGUGCAGAACAAGAUAAUUGUCUACAUAUCUUCUCAAAGGUUUAAGAGGCUAAUAUGGUAUCUUCAAGUGUCACAACUACAUGUAAUUAGAGUUGUAUUUUGUUGAAUUUGUGUACCUAAAUAACUUCUAAAAGCUGUUAACUUACAAGAAAAAGUCAUAAAAACUUCACAUGUAUUACAAAGUCUGAAAUGAAAAAAGAAAGACAUUUGAUUUGGCAAUCAAUGCACGUGAAUUCAACUAUUCCUCAUUGUCUCAGAGAAUAAUGAAAUCUGUGUAGAUUCUGGAAAAUAUUAUUUGUUAGUGUCUGCAAAUACAAGUUUUUAAAUCAAAAUUGUGGCAACAAAUUGUGAUUUACCAGAUACAUGGACACUCAAAUUCUUUUCUUCUGUAUUUACUAUUAUUUCAGACUUUCUAAUAGUGAUGACAAGUUUUUUUUGUUUUUUAUUAAAACUUAUCGAACUAUAUUUGUUGAUCAUUAUUAACGUUUUGUUUAAACAUGUUAUCUGAAAUUCAUUCAAAAAAUAUUCAAUGCAAACAAACAUAUGGGAGCAAAGAACAUUCAAGUGUUUGUUGAGGUAAAGAGGUAUUCAAAUCGCAAUAAAAUCCUUUUUUAACCCACAACUCUCGCAAAAGCAGAAUCGGCUAUUCACAUAACUUCCUGAUUAUAGGACACAGUUUUGGUACAUAAGACCAAACCAUGCAUGAAAUCUUCAAACAGGAGACUUACAAAUCCGGGAGAAAAACAAACAAUAAGGCAAAUUCAUGCAUUUUUCUAACCAUAGUCGUUCAGGGGUAUAUCCAUUUAAAACAUUUCCUGAAAGAUAAUCUGAAAAACUUCAUGGGCUCUGUCUUGAACAAUUUCAUUAACAAUUUUCACUGAGAAAAAAAUGUCAAUACUGUUAUUUCAAUCACCCAUUUCAUUCAAAGCAUACAUUUUCAUGGUAGAAUUUCACUUUUUUUUAAUAUCGAAAUGAAAAGACAUUUUAGAUAAAGCUGUUUUUGUGGUGUUUUUUUUUAAUCGGCCAUCUUUUUAAAACGAAUUACAUGAUUCUAAUUGCAAGUUGUACAUGAUGUAUGCCAAAAUUUGAAUAUAUAUAAUUCUUUUAACCAUUAUUAUUAACAUCAUAAAUGAUCAUAGUGCAAAUCAUAAAUUCAUAUAAAGUUUACUUAUAUGUAAAGGAUGAAAUACCAGGGACAUAUUCUUAGGAGCAUCCUCAAUUUCGUUCUUCUAAAUAACCCCCCAAAAUCAAAUAUUCAAACAGGAUUUCAAAGAACUUUUAAAUCAGUUGUGGCCAUUAGUCACCCGUUGUUGUAUCAACUUUAUAAGCAGGCCUACUCAGUUACCCAAUCUGAGUGAACUUUUACGUUCUAAGGUCAGGACUAUGAUAUCUGACCUUUGACGAGUGAUGUAAAAUCUCAAGUGCAAGCUUAAAUUGGGGAUUAAAUCCUUUCUUCCUAUUACAAACAGAAAAUGAAAUGAAAUGUUUCACCUUGAGGUUUUGAUCGGCUCAACUAAAACGUCAAAGCGGCGGUGUUUCUUUUUCCCUUUUCCUCUCUGUAUAUGAAACUUUAGAGGCGAUAAUCCCUAACAUAAAUACUUAUGAGUUGUUACCUAUUAUAAAGAAUUAUUAUACGGAGCUUGUGGGUGAGAUUGUUUCCCCGCUUAAUACACACAUAGUUUGCAUGUAUCGCUUACUUUGUGUGUAGCGGUGAGGAAUAAAGAAAAAGAAAUGUAAACUUGAAGUUAUUUGAGAAGGAUAAUCCCGAAUUCCAUUGCAAGAACAGGCUUCCCUAUUAUACUGUCAAGGCUGAUUUUUUUUUUCUUUCUUGAAUACUACUUCAAAUCACACCUGGUUUAUAAAGCCAUUUUAGAAUUUUAAACGUCCGAAUUCGGGUUCUAAUGGAUUAUUGUUAGGUAUUAAUACAGAUUAAAGAAAAGGCAUUAUCUCAAAUUCUAGAGUACACUGUACAGUCUGUACUAAAAGAAACAAGCUUACCCUUUUUUACCAAAUGAUAUUUACCAUGUGAUUGCUUGUCAGCUUGUAUUUAAAAUCCUUUGGUUUGGUUUGCAAAAAGAUAUGUAAAUUCACGAUAGAAUAUUAAGGCUGCCAAAGACAUUAUUGAACCGAAUAUCAAAUUGAUAUACCCUUGUUUGUACAACAGUUGAUGUCUUGGACAAGUAUGUAUAUUACCGUUAUUGUAGUUAAACACUAUGAAUUCAAUCAUUAUUCCUGUGCAUAAUUCAUGUUUAAAUUGUCAUGGAAAUCUAAAUCUAUCAAAAUUGAAAAAAUAAAU